AUGUCUGAAGAUUCACGUGGAGUUGGUCGAGCUCGUGGUCGUGGACGAGCGAGAGCAUUUUGGACUCCAGGGACUGAUAGUGGCAGGCAUACACCAAGCGACAUUCUAUCGUCUGACGCUGAUGUUGGAAUCACAACAGAAGCAUCUACGGGACUCAGUUUUACUGAAAAAUCUGAAAGUACAACACCAAAAUCAUUAGAAAGUGCUGUUGACAAACUCAUUCCCAAAUUAGCUACGAUGUCUACUAAAUCACCAUUCCCUAUGCGGGUUGAUUCACAAGAAAAACGAGGUGUUAGUGGUGAACAAAUUCGAAUUGUGGCUAAUUAUAUAAAAAUACUGACCGCACCACAAUGGCAAUUGUAUCAAUAUCAUGUAUCGUUUGAGCCGGAUAUUAUUGAAAUGAAAAAAAUGCGACGUGAAUUGCUUCAACAACACCGUGGAAUGAUAAACGAUGUAGCAUUUGACGGUACAACAUUGUAUUCGUUUAAUGACUUAGGUGAAAAAAAAAUUUUCAUUAGUAAACAUGUAGUGACAAAUGACAAUAUCGAAGUUCGUCUAGUCAAAACAUCAGUUAAUGCUGCUGAAUCACCAGCAUUUUUUCAUUUAGUCAAUUUAAUUAUUCGAAAAUUACUAGAGAUAUCUGGUUUGACACUCAUUGGUAGAAAUUAUUAUCAAUAUGAUCGUAAAGUCGACAUGACCACUUAUAAUUUAACAUUAUUUCCUGGUUUUUUGACAAAUGUCAGUUUACGUGAAGGUUCAUUGAUGAUCAAUGUUGAUCUUUCACAUAAAGUAUUGAAUAAAACAACGGUUUACACUCGUCUGCAGGACAUAUUUACUCACACUCCAGAAUAUCGACGAGCUCAAGAUGCAGCAACAAGAGAAUUGCUCGGUCAAGUUGUCUUAACAACGUACAAUAAUAAAACAUACAAAAUUGAUGAAAUUGCUUGGGAUAAAGAUCCAAAAUUUUCAUUUAAAAAGCAUAAUGGUAAAGAACAAUCAUUGAUGCAAUAUUAUCAAGAACGUUAUCAAGUUGAAGUUAAAGAUGCUUCACAGCCACUGUUGAUUUCCAAACCAUCAAAAAAAGAUCGUCUGGGUGGAAUUCAGGGACCAAUCUUGUUGAUUCCGGAAUUAUGCUGUGUUACUGGUAUAUCCGAAGAGAUGCGUUUGAAUUUUCAAUUUAUGAAAGAUAUUUCUAAUUAUAUUCACGUUGAUCCAGUGAAACGUUAUCAACGAUUAAAAGAUUUUAAUAUGGAUAUACGAAGUCAUCCAGAUGCUAAAAAGGAAUUAAAAAAGUGGAAUAUUGAAUUAGCCGAAGAUUUAGUCGAAUUUGAUGCACGAAAUAUUGGUACAGAAGAGAUUAAUUAUGGAAAUCGUGUUGUUAAAUACAAAUUGGAGGAAGCUGAUUGGUCAAGAGAAGGACGAGCUCUCCGUCAUAUAAGUGCAAAAAAUCUUAUCAACUGGAUUGUCUUAUUUGCACCUAAAGAUCGAGGUAUUUCACUUAUAGAUAUACGCCAUAGAAACUCCACUACGUUUGUGGGCAGUGCGAGUGAAUAGCGUGAAAAUUUUUCAAUAGGAUCAUGCCUACGAGAGAUCAUUAUGCCAGAAAGUUAUCAGAAAGAUGCCAGCAAAAGUCGAAAGAACAUCAAUUUUUGUCCUCAAAAUCAAAUUCCUACAUUUACUGACACAUCUUCCUAUAAAAUAUCGAAUGUAAGAAGUAACUUAGAUUUAUAACCUUUCGACUUCUUAAAAUCCAUUUUUGCUAUAACUUUUGAUCCUAAAUUUUUUUCUCAAAUUUGUUCGCCACAAUCUUCGUUUCCGGACUAUAGUAUGUCAUGGAUAGAGGAAAAUGUUACCUUUUUAACUGUUGAUGUCUGUUGGUCUUGUUUCUCACGUUGCUCGAUUGUAUGCCUAAUUUUUCUUUUCACUAAAGUUAAAGUAAGAGCCCUUCCACUUUUAGUAAGUUUACAUAAUUCCCUUACCAGUUGCUUUGUUAAAUAAAUUCCUACCACUCGAAAUAUCAAUCUUCGAAUUAAAGUGAUUUUAUACUUGUUUGUUUGACAACUUCGAUGGUAUAAAUACAAGUCGGUGUUUCUAGAGCAUACCAUCCUUAUAUUGUUCAUUAUUUGAGUUUUAUUAUAAUCAUAAUAAUUUUCAAAUCAAUUUUUAGUAUUUUUCAUAAAGAUAUCCGCUACGAUGGGGACUGAAAGAGAUCUCUACUCCAUCCAUCUGUUGAUAUAGUUGAUCAUAAAAUGGCUCGCUAGAUUUUUGACCUUCAAUUUUGUAAACUAUGUCUUUUUUUUCUCAUUAUGAUUGUCCUAGCCAAACCAAUUAUUUCUUGAACUGGAAUACUGCGGUAACACAUAGACGCUAUGCUUUCGUUCUUUGCAGUGUUGAAUGGAAAGACUAGAUUAGAAAAUGAACAGUAUACAUCUGCCUGUAUUAUUAUUCUUGUCUUUAAGUUUUUUUGUGCCCGAAAUUAAGACAGAUUUGUGCCCGUUUAAGAUUUUUUGUGCCCGAUUCGGAUACAAAAAAAUCUUUUUACACUUUUGUACCUGGAGAUAGAUGUGUGCCCGGAUUUGGUUGAUUAUGCCCGGUUUUAAUUAGAUUAGGAAUAAUAAUGAGAAAGAUCUCAGCUUAUCAUCACCAUUUUAUUUACUGAAGUAGUGGCAGAAAUAGAAAGAAUCUAGCUGAAUCAAAUUGUCUGUAUGCUUACUUGAUACAUACGAAUGGAUGUAAUAGUUAUCAGAAAUAUGAAUGUCUUCU